AUGCAUAUCCCCACCAUCCUCGCCAGCACUGUCGCCAUUUCUGCUGCUAUGGCCGCAGCUGUCAAGCAGGAGUACAACGUCGGCGUCGCCAUGAUGACCUACAACGGCGACGAAUCCUUGCCCCUCAACGUUCCUCUCGGUACCCUCACCACCGGCAAGGGCUAUAAGAUCACCGAGCUGGAGGUCGCACGUAUCUACUCCAGCGUUGAGGGUGUCAACGCUCCCAAGGCCGAUCAGGUCACUUGCCAGAUGUACAAGGACCAGUGGGGCACUGUCCCUGCUAGCAAAGAGUUCACCGCCAAGAAGGGUGCUCUCAUUAGUACCAAGCCUGUUCCUCUGGGCUGGAUUCUCUGCCGUGUCAAUGCUUCCAAGUAG